CAACCCACGAAGAAGAAGGACACACGAAGAAGAGCGUCCUAACGGAUUCGAAAGUAAUUUUAUGUUUAAAUAAAAAAAAUAAAUAAGUAAAGUCACAUGGUGAAAACCCAUUUCAGCUGGACUGACGACGAAUGUGCGUUUUUUUUUCAUUGUUUUACAUUUGACGAGCGAACCCGGGUGGGCGUCGGUCGCCGAACCGGAAGUGCGACAAGAUGAAAUGAAACAAGUUCACGUGAAUUCGGCGGUGCGUGUUUAUUCUGACUAUGGUGACGAUAUACUAUGUUCCGAUCGCUAACGCUCGUCGUUCUAUAACGAGGCGAAGGAAAAUGGAAUUUGUCGACUCCGGAAAAUAGACAUUGGUUGACUACGGACCAGUAGGCGGCGCUCCAUUCGACACGAGGCGGAAGUCCGAGAAGAAGAGGACGAACAGUUUCCUUCCGUCGGCUCCGGUAGCAAAAUGGCGAACAGGACGGUGAAAGACGCUAAUAGCAUCCACGGGACCAACCCGCAGUACCUGGUGGAGAAGAUUAUCCGCACGCGCAUCUACGAGUGCAAGUACUGGAAGGAGGAGUGCUUCGGGCUGACGGCCGAGCUGGUGGUGGACAAGGCCAUGGAGCUCAAGUACGUGGGCGGCGUGUUCGGGGGCAACAUCAAGCCAACGCCGUUCCUCUGCCUGGUGCUCAAACUGCUGCAGAUCCAGCCCGAGAAGGACAUCAUCGUGGAGUUCAUCAAGAACGAGGACUUCAAGUACGUGCGCCUGCUCGGCGCCAUGUACAUGCGCCUGACAGGCACGGCCGUGGACUGUUACAAGUACCUGGAGCCGCUCUACAACGACUACCGCAAGAUCAAAAGCCAGAACCGCGACGGCGAAUUCCAGAUCGUGCACGUCGACGAGUUCGUCCACGAGCUGCUCCACUCAGAGCGCGUCUGCGACAUCAUCCUGCCGCGGCUGCAGAAACGCCAGGUGCUGGAGGAGGCCGAGAUGCUGGAGCCGCGCAUCAGCGCUCUGGAGGAGGACCUGGACGAAGUGGAAAGCAGCGACGAUGAGGACGACGAUGAAGACGACGAGGACGAGCGCGACCCGGACGACAGACUCCCAGAGCCGCACCGGCGCGGGACCUACCGCCGCUCCUCGCCGCCGCCAGCCUCUUCGCCGCCGCCCAGCCGCCACCGGCGCAGCCGUUCGCCCCGCAGGAGGAGCAGCCGCUCCCCCAAGGCCAGGCGGAGCCCCCUCGAGUCCCGCCGGGAGAGAGAGCGGGAGCGGCGCCGUGGCAGCAAGAGCCCCAGGCGCCACCGGGAGCGCCGGCACCGCUCCAAGUCGCCGCCCGCCGCUCAUCACCGCAGCAGCGGCGGCCACCGCCACCGCAGCCACUCCAAGAGCCCCGACAAGAGCUCCAAGAAGAGUCGCAAGAAGAGUCGCAGGAGCAACCAGUGACUCCUGUCUCGUUUUUCUUAUCCUUGAUUAAAUAUCUGACGAUCGACUCUUUAGCUUUUGUUGGCCCUCACGUUCAAGCAAAUUGUCCAAGUACUUUAGCGGUGAGAUUUCUAAAACUGGAGGGUAUAAAAAACAACUUUUUUUUUUCCUGAGAAGACGAAAUUAGGGAGGUCCAGAUGCCGAUUUUUUCCCCCUGACUUCGAGAUCAUUCAAAUGCUUGUGUUUUUACACUGAUAAAUGACAAUUUCUAUGUUUUUUGUAUUAAAGUGAGCCCUAGUAGAAA